AUGAAGCCGCCUGACGUUUAUGCCCGCUUUCCAAAUGACCCUUGUUUCUCUCAGUUACUCACUAUUGCAGAGCAAAGGCGCUCCUCAAUCAUCAUCAACGACCCUGGAUCUCGCGUAAAGGCAGAUUACAAUCGGCUGCUCUGGGAUGUCUCGACUGUCCGGCAGAGCCUCUGCGAAAGCCUGCCGCCAUCCUGCGUUCGUGGCGGUAGCAUCCUGAGUGAAGAUCCCGUCUAUGUGUGCACUCUGCUCGGGCCAAAUUACACUUUUAUCGUGGCUCUUCUGGCCAUUUUGGCUACCGGCGGCGCAGCUGUACCUCUUUCUACUACUCUCCUAAUCGACGAAGCCUUGUCAUUGAUUGUCAGAUGCAAGGCUCAAUAUGUACUGGCCGAUUCGGAGAACGCAGCUUUUGCUGAGAAGAUACAAAUUCAUCUCCAGGAAAAAACCGGACAUCGGCUGCACAUUAUCCAAAUUGACCCGGCAAGAAACCCCAAGCUUAUUUCUGUGGACCACAAGCCUGUUCCUAUGCACUACUACACCAUCAAUCAUGAUAUCAAGUUCUCGCCAGAAAGAACCAGCCUGAUUCUCUUCUCCUCGGGCACCACCGGACCGCCAAAGGCGAUUGUCCACAACAGGCGCGUCUUUUAUCACGCGCACGACUUACUGCCACCCCGAGAAGAUGGCCAGGAUAUUUUCCUCGUGUACCGCACCAUCGUCAGCGCAGAUGGAGUUCUUCCACUGACCCGAUAUAUCCUGACUGGUGUCCAGCUGGAGAUCUUUAAUCAGACGUGGGACGCCGCAAUCAUGUGGGAGCGGCUGCGGAAGGGUGAUCUGACCAUUCUUGUCGGCGCCCCGUCAAUUUGGCUUAAGCUAAUGAAGCACUAUAACUCUACUAUCGUGCAUCUUUCAGAGGAGGAGCGAGAAUUUUACGUCCGAGGUGUGAGGAGUCUGCGUGUAGCGGUGUCUAUCGGAGCCUCCGCUAUGCCCGACUUGAAGCGAUUCUGGUGGGAUCUGCGUGAUGGGCGAGCGCUGCAAAAUUCAUAUGGUAGCACUGAGCUAGGCUGCUCCGUAAUCAAAUCCUCGAUUGAUGAGCCGCCGGAGAACUUCCACAGACUCAUCCUCGGAAAACCGAAAAAGGGGUUUGAUGUGAAGCUCUCUAAUGGAACUCAUGGAGAGAUCCUCGUUCGGUCUCCGUUUGUGUUUGCUGGCUACCUGGAAGGUUCGACGAAAGUCACAACAUCUUCGGUACUGGACAAAGAAGGAUACUUCCACACUGGAGAUAUUGCACAUAUGGAAGGCGAUGACUUCGUGAUGGAUGGCCGCUCAGAAGCCGACUUCAUAAAGUUUCUUUUCGAAUUCCGAGUCCCCAGACUCUCCGUGGAGGCAAAAAUCUCGCAAAUUCCCCGAAUCUUUGAAGCUUUCGUCGUGCCAGUGCCCGACCCUACAUGCGGAGAGCGUGUCGGAGCUAUCGUUCACUCGAAAUCUGUCGAUAUCGAUCUUGAUGAGCUUCGCAAAGAACUAUCAUCUCACAUGCCGUUCUACCAUCUACCGACAAUCCUAUACGUGCUGAGAGGUGGGGAAGAUGUCCCCAGAACGCGUACGAACAAGCUUGACAUCAAGAAAGCCGUGGCAAAAUUCUUUCCCUCGGGAUCUCUCUGUCCGCUAGAUUCAUACUCGGGCAAUGUCCAAGUCUAUGACAUUGAAAAAUUGAAAGCCAUGAAAUCGGAGCGGCCGUGGGAUUGGGCUGGAAUUCAGAGAUAG